GAAUUUAAUGUCAAUGAAGCUUUUUUGUAAAGCAAAAAAGUAGAUAUUUAUAUGAUGCUAAAUUCUGUUCUGGGAUAUUCUUAUUCAAAGCGUUUUCUCCCUGAAAAUAAUGACUAGAGAAGUGAAUAUGGUGGGCCAGUAAGAAAGUGUGAAAUAGGUAAAAUGAAAGAGAAGAGAGGGAAGCUGGUUUUCCACUCACUACAAUUCCGUGAAAGGAUAAUAAUGCCUUCAUUUUCUUGCAUCCCUAAAGAUUUUAAUGUAUAGUAAUUAAUAUGACUAGGUUUUAGAUCAUAAUGUUUGAAAACUCAGUUGUUUAUCAUAGUAGUCACAUAUAAAAAUCUGAGAUAAUAACAGUAAACUAUUUGUGAUGAUACAGUAAAAAAAAUGUGGUAAAAAUCUAAACUACCUCUAAAGCAAGCAUUUAUCUAUAUUACCUUUCAAACUCACUAUCCACAUAUGAUAGUGUAAGAAUGAGCAUUGGACGAUUAAAAUAAAAGUAGCGUAAGAAUUUGUGACAACGUAUCAGUUUAAGAAAAAUGUAUGUGACUACAGAAUAGGAAAUGGUAGUGAUAAAAUUUAGGAAAACCUGUCCGAAAUACUGUUUGAAAAACCUCCAUAAUAAAUGCAUUAAGGUGAGUUCUGUACCCACUGAGUUUAACGGGACUUUUUCUGCUGCUCCCAGUGUCGAGGUUUUGUCACACAAAUGCUGUAAUGAGGUAACCACAGUCCUCAAGCCUGGAGCAGUUAGUGUGUCACAUGCUGCAUCAGCAUUUCUGUGUCUUAGACUCAAGAAUGUCAAAACUCCCCACAAUUUGCUUUGACACUAAUGGAAUCUGAAAAUAUUCUUGUGCUACGUAUCCUGACUGAUUGACAAGGGAAACAACCUGGUGCAGCAGUCACCUGAGCCUGACAUUCGGAUUUAGGAUUUUGGGACUACAGAGCAGUAAACGCUUCCAAUUUCUAUGCCACUUCAUGCUUCCAGUGCCUCAGUAAGAUGGAAUCUCCAGUCCUACCCCAAAUUGCAGCUUCUCUUUCCCAACAAGUCCUAUGCACGGCUGCCAUGGCUCCUUCAGCAAAACACAAAGAACCCCACAGUGCUUCCAGUUACAACAGAGAGUACGCAGAGCCAGAGGAAUCUGUUUAUUUGCAAAAAUUCAAAAAAUUUACCUGAAGAGCAGGGGAAUGUAAAGGAUACAAGGAUCCCCAACCUCAGGCUGCGUACUCUGGGUGGGUGUGGAUUUUUGGACAUGUCCUGUUUUACCACACUUCUCAUCUUCUUUAACCUCUAGUACAUCUGCAAAUCAGUAUGUCUGGAUAGCACAAAGUCAAAGAUGGUGGGUUUUUUCCUCUUGAAACUAAAUAAGACUCAAAGAGCAAAUAUAAAUAUGAAAAAAUUGGUGCCUAAGUAGAAAUACUGGUACUGGGACUCCUAAUUUGAACUAACUGAUUUAGAGAUGACUCUGCUGGAGGAAUGACUUCCCGUGAGAUGAACGCAUUCACAUUUGUCUGGUGCUGAGUGAUUGGAAGUGGUUGGACACAGCUUUAUUUUGUGUCAUUAUUUGUGAGCUCUGUGGACUCCAGCCUGGCUCUGUGGAGGUUAUAGGUUUAAUCAGGAUGGAAUUUUGUGUGCUAGCAUUAGCAGGGCUUUCAGAGAACCUGUAAGCAGACAUAAAGCAGCUUAAUUCAACCUGGCUUACUUUCAGUUUCCACACUUUCAAACACAAUUUAUGCUUGGAGUAUGUCAGUGGAAACCCUGUUACUGUUUUUAGGCCCCUGAUGAAUCUAACCUAAUGUUUACUAUAUCUUAGAAUCUUUUUAUGUGACAUCUCAGAGUCGAUCCUUGCUCUUAAGCAUUUAAAGACUGACCAGCAAUGUUGGACUACAUUAAGGACUAUUCAUGGAAGAACACAUCUUAAUCUCCAAUCUUUAUCUUUCUGGUUUGUAGAAUGUUGUAUACUGCUGUAUUAUUUUUUGCAUCAUGUGUCAUUCAUGUCUGAUGACUGCUAGAAACAUGUGUUUCCUCUCCUAUUUCCUUUAUGGGAAUAGUUUUAUUUUCAUUGAUUAAUAAGGAAAGUCAGGUAAGACAAACGACCAUGAAGGUAGGAGUGAUUGAGACCCAUCACUCCCAUACAAUUGUUCCCAGCGUGGUAGUGCAAGACACCAGUGAGGACCCUGGACCAACAGACAAAGGGGAAAACAGGCAACAGUACCUACCCGGUGCAUUUGCAUGCUACAAUAUUAACAACAAUAGUAAUAAAGAUGAAGAGGAGAAAAAAAAGAAAAAAGAAAAGAAGAGCAAGUCAGAAAAAAAAAAGGAUGGAGAAACACAAAAGAACAAGGAAAAAAAAGAGAAAAACAAAAAAAAAGAUAAGUCCAAGAAGAACAAAAAUAAAGAAGAGAAGAAGAAAGAUACUUUCGUUAUUGAUCCAGCGGGAAAUAUGUAUUACAACUGGUUGUUUUGCAUCACAAUGCCUGUCAUGUACAACUGGACCAUGAUUAUUGCUAGAGCCUGUUUUGAUGAGCUUCAGCACUACUACAUAGCAGUAUGGUUUAUUAUUGAUUACGUUUCUGAUGCCAUCUAUGUUGCUGACAUGUUUGUACGAACAAGAACAGGUUACCUGGAACAAGGUCUCCUGGUGAAAGAAGAACAAAAGCUUCAAGAGAAAUACAAGUCAUCUUUGCAAUUCAAGUUAGAUCUUCUGUCAAUCAUACCAACUGAUCUCUUAUACUUUAAGCUAGGACUGAAUUACCCAGAACUAAGAAUAAACAGACUACUCAGAGUAGCUCGGAUGUUUGAAUUCUUCCAGCGAACAGAAACGAGGACAAACUACCCAAAUAUCUUCAGGAUCUCUAACCUUGUCAUGUACAUCGUAAUUAUUAUUCACUGGAACGCCUGUGUGUACUACUCGAUCUCAAAAGCCAUUGGAUUUGGGGCUGACACAUGGGUCUACCCCAACACUUCUGAUCCUGAAUUUGCCCGUCUGACUAGAAAGUAUGUCUACAGUCUCUACUGGUCAACACUGACACUGACCACUAUCGGUGAAACACCCCCUCCUGUAAGAGAUUCUGAGUAUUUCUUUGUGGUUGUUGACUUCUUGGUUGGAGUGUUGAUUUUUGCUACCAUUGUUGGUAACGUGGGCUCUAUGAUCUCCAACAUGAAUGCUGCCAGGGCAGAGUUUCAAGCAAGGAUUGAUGCUAUCAAGCAGUAUAUGCACUUUCGGAAUGUGAGUAAAGACAUGGAAAAAAGAGUUAUAAAGUGGUUUGACUACCUCUGGACAAACAAAAAGGCUGUGGAUGAAAGGGAAGUCUUGAAGUAUCUGCCAGAUAAACUAAGAGCAGAGAUUGCAAUCAAUGUUCACCUGGAAACACUAAAAAAAGUUCGGAUUUUUGCAGACUGUGAAGCUGGUCUGUUGGUUGAACUGGUUUUGAAACUCCAGCCGCAAGUAUACAGUCCUGGAGAUUAUAUUUGCAGAAAAGGAGAUAUUGGACGAGAGAUGUACAUUAUCAAAGAAGGCAAGCUGGCAGUAGUCGCUGAUGAUGGAAUUACCCAAUUUGUGGUCCUAAGUGAUGGCAGCUAUUUUGGAGAAAUCAGUAUCCUUAAUAUCAAAGGUAGCAAAGCCGGCAAUCGAAGAACAGCCAACAUUAGAAGUAUCGGAUACUCAGACUUGUUUUGCCUGUCUAAAGAUGAUCUCAUGGAGGCUUUAACAGAGUAUCCAGAUGCAAAGGCAAUGCUGGAAGAAAAAGGCAAGCAAAUCCUAAUGAAAGAUGGGUUGCUGGACAUUGAUGUUGCAAAUUUAGGAACUGAUCCUAAAGAUCUGGAAGAGAAGAUCACCCACAUGGAAGGAGCGAUGGGCAGAUUACAAACAAAGUUUGCCAGGUUGUUGGCUGAGUAUGAAGCUGCACAACAGAAACUGAAAAAAAGACUUACACAAAUAGAGAAAAUAUUAAAGCCAGUUAUAGAGCAAGAGUUUUCAGACUUAGAAGAAGCAGAUCCAUCCACAGAUAAACCUGGACCAUCAAAAGUGGAAUAAAACAAUGGAGGUUGCCAAUAAGACUUAGGGUCAAAUCCUGCAUGGAACCGAAUGCAUUAAUUUCUAAUUUUUGUAGGACCUGACUACUAAUUAUGAAAAAUUACUUGUUGAGUUGACGUCACUAAUUUCCUACAAGCAGCACUGGCAGGUUUCAGGAAGACAAAGAAGAAUCAAGAGUGAGGAUGGAAGAUAACACCUUGGUCUCGCACAAACAGGUGGUAUUAUCUGCCAAUGCGUUAUGUACUCUUUAUGUAACACUGCUCUACAGCAAAUGCAUUCAAUCUAUAUACAGUCAUACACCAGCAAACACUGAAAGUUUUGCUGACUAUUAAAACAAUGUAUUGGUGUCUACUUACGGAAAUAAGGAAAGGUUUUUUAAAUAUUGUACUUUUGAAGUCAAUAUGGACAAGAUCCAUGAUAUUAAAUUUGUGUAUAAACAAACACAUUUUAAUAUGUAUUGAUUAAGAUAAGAUUAAUUAAGUAUGAGAGAUUAUAUAAAGAAUUAGGUAUACCUACAAUGCAAAUGUGAGUACUGAAGACUGUAACAUUUGGAAAAUAUUACUACUUCAUUGGAUUCACCUUGGCUGAUUUCUUGAAAUGUAAGUGGGCAGUUUUAAAUGGUCCUUUUUUCAGGAUAUUAGAUGCAAAGGUUGGGAGAGGGAAGAAUAUACAACGUUUUUGCAAGCAUUGGUAUGACAAAUGUGGAUGGCUCAAAAUCUAGCUGUUCUUUCCACAAGCAAACGAGAAAUAAUAUUGAAGACUGUUCUGUUCCAUAUAAUCAUAUGGCUGCUAAGCAUGGAUUAUCGAGUUUUUUAAGAUCUGUGCUUAGAAAUUUUUAUGUCCCUAAUGUAACAGUUGUGGAUGCUGGCAGACUGCAAGAAGCAGACAUGACAGAAAGAGGCAAAACUCUCUCCAGACUGUCUUCUGUAGCUGCUGUUAGGGAAAGAAUACAGCAACUAAAUAGGUUCUUUUUUUAAUUGGUAUUUCUUUCUUCUGUUCACAACUACUACUAAGAUAGUAGAAUCAACUGUUUCUUACGUCAGAUGUUUUCAACUGCUUUGAGAAGCAUUAUUUCUUGUAUUUUUCCCUAAUUUAUGUCUUCUUCCACUGGCAAAAAUUGGUUUUAUUAGUUGUGGUCUCAGCAGGGUAUUUUCAGUAGACUUUGAUCACAGCUACUUAACAUUGGAAAAAUUUGAUGACAAGGAGUGAAGAAAAGGAUUGCAAGGAGAGAAUGGAUAAUUCUGUAUUUAGAGCAAUUCAAUUAUUCUGGGCAACUGGACUGCCACUGUUAAAAUAUUACAUAUGUAAAUGCUACUCUCACUUGAUAAUAUCGCUAUACUUUAAUUCUUCUCUUUAAUAGAUGGAGAUAUUAUAAAUUGCAUCUUUUGUAAAGUGCAUUCAUUUCUGGUUGUUUUAUUUUUUGUAAUGUUGAUAGGUUUACAGAAUGCCAGGGAUCUAUAAAUAACUCCUGAUUUCAGUGCAAGGAUUAAAUAGUAAUUGAUGUAAUUAAUUAGCUUUAAUCAAAUUAAUGAAAUACAAUUCCCUUAAAGUAAUGCUUAGGAUAUAUAUGGAACAACAAGGAUAAAUAUAAAUAUGAAGUGGCUGUUCAUUCACUACUGAUCCUGUGCUUUGAAUGCCAAACAGUGUAAUUUGCUGGUGAGGGGAAGGAGUAUGCCAUCAUUUCAUUACAGACUAUCUGUGCACAUAGGAACAAGCGUUAUUCUGGCAUGGAACUAUAUUGUAAAUGUUGGAAUUUGCAAUCAGCAUUCUUUCAAUUCAGGACUUGAAUAUAAUUUGCAAUCUGCAAGGCAGCAGCACCCUGUAGGGCUGUGUUAUGUUCCACUAGGCACUUAGUAAGCACUUCUCUCCUUUGCUGAAGAGUUUAGGACUUUGUAUUAGAGAAAUGUGUGAUAGUAUAAUGAAUUUGAAUUAAUAAAGGCUGAGAUAUACUGUUCACAUUUUUUCUUUUAUCGAUCCUUCAGUCUAUGACACAAGCUGUAGUCACUAGCUGCCUUUCUUGGAAAUAAAUAUUCUUUGAUUUAAAACACUUAAAAAUAAAACAGAAAAACAGAAUUGAUCUCCAGCAGUUUACUUAAUAUUUUCAGACUCUUAUUGAUUGGAAAUCUUGUAUUAUUUAUCUUUUAUAAGCAUGUAUUUCCUGAAAAAUAACCCCAAACACUAAAUGCAGAGUUUCUUCCUGACACAAAACAAACCAUAACUGCUACAAGGAAAUGUCAAUGAAAUUUAAACUAUUUCAGCUUGCACUUAUUUGUCAGUACUUUUCA